UAUAGAGAGACAGUUCUAGAGAAUAGGGCCACCAAAGGGCAGAUCAACUUUUGCUUUAAGCUGUUUUCCUUUUUCAAUGUUUCUUCCAUUUCUAGGUCUAGGGCAUCCCAGGAUCUAUACCUCCCAAAGGUCAUUUAAGAGCUCCAAGUUUUUUUUUCACAACAUUCUCCAAAGGGCAAGAAGGGAGCCUGGAGACCUGGCUUGUAAACUAGAGACUGCCUGUCAGCAUAUUAUGGAUGUGACUAAAGAGAAGAUGUUGAGAUACGAUAACUGCUUUAUACUGUAACAAAACUGUGAGAUCCUUGAUUGAAGAACCAUUUCUAAUUCACUUCUGUAUCCCCAGGACCUACCACAAUGCCUAACACAGAGUAAGGUGCUAAGUAAGUAGUGAUUCAGUGACUCAAAGCACUAUAUCUAAUCAGGUAAGAAUGCCUACCCUCUGUUCUUUACAAAGUUAAGUCUAAUGAUUAAUUAGUGAUUGUUUUAAUUAUUAAUAAGUGACUUUCUAUGAGCAGAUUUUGAAUAAAAAAUUCAGUGAUUUUAUUAUGAAAAUAUGGUGGCUAUAUGUGUGCUAUAUUUACAGACAAUAUUGGAGCAUCACAGAAAAAGUCUUUGUGUUUUUCUAAUUUCAUCUGUACAAACAGCAUUUUUUAAUGUUGUGAAAUGACAUUUUUUUAAAAUAAGAAGAUGGUUAUUAUAGGCACAAUAUGUUUAUCAGAUGCAGCCAGAUGGUUCAACCUGGGUGUAUGGAGAGAAUGAGUGGUCAUUCCUAUGUUACUUCCUUUGGGCAGAGCAAAAGAGCUGAGCCUCAGGGCACUAGGAGGGCCUCCCUUGUGGAGCUCACUACCUUAACCACAAGGCUGCCCAGAGAUGUCCAGGAGGUAGCUUCUAGGCAGGGGCUAAGGGAUUCUGCUUGUCCCUGAGAAGAAACCUCCUGGAACCUAAGCUCUUCUAAUGCCUGGUUAGACUCUCAAGUACCAUGCCUGCCCCCAGUAAAUUGGCGGCCCCAGGCACUGAAGGCCAGUGGACACUCAGGAGGACACUCCCCGUCACCAUAACGUGCUUUCAUUCCUCUCUGACCUUCCUGCACUGAGUCAGGCUGACCCCCAGCUAGACUCCAUGUGCUAAGAGACUUCAAACUCCAUUACCAUGGCCUUCCUGGUAAUGUUGCUAAGGAGAGCGGCCCAGCCAUCAGUACCAGAUGUUGGGCCCAUCAGACUAAUGAGAAAAUGAAAAGCAAAAGAGCAACCUCCUGGACGAUGAAAAGUCUUUUUCCAUUAAUUUUCCCUUCAGCACGAGGCGAGGGAGCGUGUGCCUAGAGUCCAAGGUCCAGGCCCCCCCGUCCACCACCAAGUUCCCUGGCGCUACGCCUCCAGGAGGGCGGGGCACUGCCACUUUACUGUGUCUUCCCAGAAGCCACCGCGUGACUCCUCGGAGAUAAAAAGGCGGGAGUGAGGCGGCGUUUCCAGACCAGUGUGGGGGUUGGCGCUGUGGGCCUGUUGUUUUUUUCUCACCUCUUUCAUUCCUCUCGGGCUGCCCCGCAGGCCAGGCCUGAACGCUGGUUCCCUCCGGCGUAGCUCGGUUCCUCAGGAAGAAGACGAGACAGGCCUUCGAGGACCAAGAGCCCUCCGAGGCCUGGCGGUGGGGUGGCAAUGUGGUCACUACGGGUCUGUACACGCAAAAAGCGGGCCAGCCAUAGGCUCAACCUAACCCCAACGCCAGAUCUAGGUGCCCUGGCUAAGGCGGAGGCCCCGUCAGGGCCCGGCCGGAAGCUGUCUGCCCACUGUAAGCGCCGUGUGGCUGGCCUACGGAGUGGGACACGGGGUGGGCUGGGCCUAAGCCCCAGGGACCUCCGAGGCCCGCGGGCAGGCCUCCAGGGCUUUUUCCCUGAAGCAUGUCAUCCUCUCUUAGGCCUGAAAAGAAGUGGCAAAACGCGCGGUUUGCAGAGAAUCACAGAGAAAUCAGAGCGGAGUUGGCUGGGAGGUAGCAGCUCUGGGCCACCGAGCACUCAGUUAAGAGGUACAGGAGAGAAAAGGCUGCAUGAAAAUAGCACUAGUGAAGAAGCCCAGGAUGAGAAGAUUGCUCCAUUGAGUGAGUCAGUGACAGAUGACCUCCAGGUUGAUAGUAGUUUAUCAAAUAGUGAACGAGUAUCAGGACUAAGUUUACAGCAUGAUAUUUCUAGCUCUCUUCUAAGUUACUCAAUCACAGACUCUUAUACAGAACACAAGACUUCUGAAGAGAGUUUAAGUAGCUUCCCAUCGCCCGAACUCUUCAGAGGAUCAGAUUAUUUAGAUUGGGAGUGUCCCAUGUUGGAAGAAAACUUGCUAUGUAAGAAUUCCACUCUUUUGGACACCAGUAAAGCAGUACCGAUACAGAAGGCACUACAGUUUUCAAACCUCUCUGCAGUUUUAGGUACCUCUUCAGAAGACUAUCAGAAAUGCCAUAGGAAAGUCAUGAUGAUGUUAGCAGACCAAAGUAUUUCUCCAAAACCAAAGAGUACUGCAAGUUCAGAAUCAGAUAAUGCAUCUUGUGGAGUUUUACUUGCUGAGAAAAAUUACCCUUCAACCCCUCAAAAAACAAAGAAAAAAAACACACAUUCCAGUACUUCUGAUAAGAAAAGCAGAGGCCUGUUAACAAGUACUCCGUCUUCACAAACAGCUAGUUUAAUGAUUGAUUUGUCCUCAGUGCAAAAAACAUCUUUUGAAGAACUGUUUCCAAAUGUCAGCAAUUAUGUUAAUUCAAAUGAAAUUGUUCCUGUGUCAACUUUGCAAGAAAAUUCUUCAAAUGAGAUGGCCACCAUCUUGCUAUGA